AUGAAAUUCCCUGUUGCCCUUCUGAUUGCGAGCGCCGUGCUGCUGAGCUGUGUUGAGCUCGGCUCAGCUGGCUGCGGUUGCCCAGUAACAACAACCAGGCCACCAUGCCAGCCACCAACUACCACGACAACUUGCAGACCACCAACUACCACGACAACAUGCAGGCCAACAACAACAACGACGACGACAACAACCACCACCACAACAACAACCCCAACAACAACAACGACCCGAACAACCACAACGCGAAAACCAACGACAACAACAAAGAAGCCAACAACAACAACCAAGAGGACAACAACAACAAAGAAGCCAACAACAACAACCAAGAGGACAACAACAACAAAGAAGCCAACAACAACAACCAAGAGGACAACAACAACAAAGAAGCCAACAACAACAACCACGAGGACAACAACAACAAAGAAGCCAACAACAACAACCACGAGGACAACAACAACACAGCGGCCAACAACAACAACAACCACAUCGAGGCCAAUAACAACAACUAAAAAGCCGUGGUUGCCCUGCAAGCCAUGCGGACCCGGUGGUAGGCCCUGCCUAGGUUGCCCGCACCGCAGAGAGCUCUGCGCUGAGCUGCUUUCGCAGCUCAAGAGCAUUGAGCGCAAGAUCAGGAAGUGCGUCUGCGGCCAAAGCCUGUUCCUGUUGCCCUAA